AUGACCGAGCUGGAGAACGUGGAGACCGGCAGACUCCACCUGCGAGGGGCCGGGAAGGAAAGAACGUCGGUCACUGUGGGAGGCGUGUUUCUUGUUGCAGCUCCUCCACUCGGCCACGGCACAGCACGACACAAAAGACCUGUGAGUUCCCUUAGGGAAAGAGGACAAACCGAGUUCCCGUUUCUCCUCAGCCCGGGGUCCUCGGUCCCCCAGCCCCCGAGGCGUGUGGCGUCUGAGCCCCUUUGGAAAGGCCCCCUCGCCCCCGCGCCCCGAGUCCCCCGUCGUUUCAGCCUCCUCACUGCCCGUGGUGCUUCCUGCUCUUUGGAGCGAGUGGACCUCAGUUUAGGCGUCUUUGGCCAAUGGGACGAAAAGCAGGAGCGCUGCCCCGGGAGGAUAGUACAUGAACGAGGAGUGGCGGGGCGGGGGGAGGGGGCGGGGGGUCUGCAGGAGGACCCCGAUUCGCCCGCCACGUGCUCCGCGGAGGGGGCGCCGCGCUCCCGGAUGGGGCGCUGCGGGCCGAGGGUGGGGCGCGGGGAGGGGAGCGGAGCCGCCUGGCGGGCAAGGAGGCCCUCUAGGCGGGAUCGCCUCCACCGAGCGCCGCCGAGGGGAGAGCCGGUCCUGCAGCCCGGGCGGGGGGCAAACCUCCGCCCACCGGCCGGCCUGGGUGGGGGCGCGGCACGGGGGGCCUCUGCCCUGACUUCCUCCUCCGCUGGCACUCAGCCACAGUCACCCCCGGAGGCCCCCCCGUACCCCCCAGAAGCCCAGCCAAACAGCGAACCGCGGGAGGAAGCCGCCGGCUGCAGGAGGCGGGGCGCGCGCGCGGGGGGCCCGGGAGAGGUGAGAGGCAGGGCCGGCGGCGCCCGGGGCCGCGCCGCGCCCCCCGCGCGCCCCGCGGGCGCCCACACUUACCCUCGCGCCCCCCGCGCGCCCCGCGGGCGCCCACACUUACCCUCGCGCCCGGGGGUCGCGGCUCCGGCGCCCGUCGCGGCGCGCGCCCCUGGCCGCCCGCGGCGCCCCGGGCCCGGCCGGCGCGCGCGGGGCGGGAGCCGGGAGCGGCGCGCGGCGGCGGCGGCGAGGGCUCCGGCGCGCCCCGCGGGCGGGCGGCCGCCGAGGCUCCGCCGCCAGGGGGAGAACCGGGCGGGAGCCGGGGCGGCGGCGGCGCGCGGGGCCGCCGAGCCCCGGGCGCAGCGUGCCCGGCCCGGGGCUGCGGCUGGAUGCGCGCCCGGGCGGCUGCGGGCUCCCGCGGGGGGCGCCCCGCGAUCCAAACUUCACCGCGGGACCCGCGCUCGGGGCGCCUCGUGGGGGGCGCCCGGCCACAGGGGUCCCCGAGGUCCUCCUCCCGCGCGCGGCGGGACCCGGAGGGGCGGCCAGGGGCCGGGGAGGGGAGGAGGCGCCCGGGCCGGGGCCGCGGGGCGCUCACUCGCCCUCCCUCGGGUGUGGACGCGCGCACACACCUGCCCCGACAGACUAGGGCUGAACGAACGCCUCCGGGCCCGCCGUGGGACCCCCUUUGGCAAGAGAAAAGGGGACUCAGGAAGCGCGCCGGGAGCUCGCGGAGACCCGCUGUGUGCGCCCCGGAGCCGGCUUGGCCGCGCGGCGCCCGGCGGGGAGCGGGAAGGUCCCGUCGGCCGGCCGCGUGCGUCAGGCUCAGCAUCCGUCCCGGCCCGCGCGCCCGCCGGGGGCGGCGAGGGGGGCGCGGGAAGUUUGCGGCAACUUCUCCAGCCGGAGCCGCCCGGCGCCGGGGUGCUCAACUUGGAGCCGGGAGUUGGAAAGCGGCGGCGCCUGGCGUGUCGCGCCCUCGCCGGCGGUAGGCAGGUGGGUCCUGACCGGCUCCCGGGGCGAACGCGGGCGGGGCGGGGGGUCGGGCUGGGGGCCGCAGGGCGCGCCGCCCUCUCCGGGAGCCGGGACCGCACCGGGACGGCCUGCGGUCCGCGCCGAGUCUCCCCCCGCGGCCCCGGCCCGGGCGCCGAGGCCUUCGCUGGGCGCUCCGCCGCCCAGGCCCCGGGGCUGGCGGGGCGCGGGUUUGCACAACCUCGGGGAAAGGGCAGGGCCGGCCGGCGGCUGCUCCGGGCAGUGACAGGCGCGUGCUGGGACCCGGGAGACCCACUGGGCUGGAGGCCCGGGCGCCCCCAGAAGCCACGGAGAGGGGCUCGGGGCUCUUGCUAG